CUUGUCUCCUGCACCAUGCACUCUACUUCAUCAUAGAUCUUGUCUGUUGUAUCUUCUAUACGCUGCGCUUGCGGUUCUCUGUAUACAUACCGACCAACCAAUUGUUCUGGCUUGGUGUCGUCAUCGCGUCUGCCAAGGCUAAGACUACCCCGCGUCACCCAGCACGUCUGUAAUACCUGCUCUGCUAAUAUCCGCGCGCCUUCCAUCAUCCGUUGGAACAACCAAACUCUACGCUUACGAUACAUGAACACCUCAGAUCAAUUGAGGGCCCGCCUCUCGAACAGUUCGGACGAUUCACCCCUGCAGGAAGAUGCUACAGAUAGCGAGCGCGACCUCGCUCCCCUCAAUGAAGAUGUAGAAGAGGCGAUUGAGACACUCGAUCCCCGGAACUCUCAGCUCUCGCUUCACUCCGGCGCAGGCAACAGCCUGAAUGAUCGGCGGCACUCUAAACGGAGAGCCGACUACGAUCGCCUCAGCCUCAGCCAUCGCGUCAAGUACCUCGUGGAUGACACGAAAGAAGCCAAGAAGCUGCGCCAGGUCCUGCAUGCUGCGCUCGACCGUCUCGACUCGGAGACGCAGCGGGCGAAAGAGGCCGAACGACGCGCCCUCGAGCUCGCCGAGCGGUUCAAGAUCGUGAAUGAGGCCCGCUUUGCGACCCAGCAGGAGCUUGACCGCGCACAUUCUGAGCUGCGGAUGUACAAGGUCCAGCUGGACAAUGCGCAGAGGGAAAUCCUGCGGGGCUCGGACUUGCUGAAGGAUAUCGAGCAGCAGCGAGAUAGUGCGGAGGCGGCCGCAGCUAGGGCGCGAUCCAUGGCCCGGAGGCUGAAGGAGGAGCAGCUGAUGAUGAAGGCGAAGGAGGAGGGUCGCAGAGAAGGAUACCAGGAGGGCCUUCGACGGGGUUAUCAGCAAGCACGCGGUAUGAGCCUCGUCGAAGGCCCUCUCGACAUACCACCGGCAGGCUUGGGGCCGUUGGGUAACAUCAUUGCGGGAACCUCUGGCGAGGGUCAGUCUGCGGCCCACCCCGGGCGCACAGAUACCUUGGACGGUUUCUCCAUGAUGAACCUUUUUACCCCUGCACCGGAGAACGUGCCGCUUGCCUCCGCUUACGAUCAGGAUGGAGCAGGAGCCCAAGGCUCGCGUUUUCGGGAGAUCAUGAUGACCCCAUCAACGCUUCGUUCAGCUCCCUUGCCGAGUGGAUCGCAAGCGGGUGGCUCGUCUGGCUGGCCUGCAUCGCAGGACGAAGAGAUGCGAUACAUUCGUCCUACAUCCAUACAGGAUGCGCCGCCCUCCUCCGAUGGCUAUUUCCCUCCGAUGGGUCCCGACAGCAUGAUAUCGUUACCUUCUCCUCACCAGAUGCACCCGCCUCCGUCUAUGGCAACUGCUCCCCUAAGUACGCAAUCCGAUGAUCCUCGAUCUGCCGCAGCUCUAAGAGUCGACACUCGUGACUAUGCGUAUGGUCAGCGGGGGCCACGGGGUUCGCCGCGUUCCGUUGCCGAGUCACUUCCAUCGACAACUAUAUCCCAAUUUGAACUCGUCAGCUCGCCGAAGACUGCUACACGCGGCCUCCGCGAGCGUAGCUCAGGGCUGAGCGCCAUCCCAGAAGUUUCAAGUUCUAUGGAGUUUAGCCCCGGUACGGAGGGGCGCGUGCUGAGCUCUAUUAUGCCGGAACCCCUCAAUUUCCCAGUAGCGGAGGACGCCCCAGGGACCGAUAUACCAGAUAUGCAUCGCACUCGUAGCCGGGAGCUAAACCAGCGGAUUGGUAGUGACCCGCGGUACUCAGACCCAGAGCAGAUGGACCAGUGGCGACGAUCGACGGCGAGCCAGAGCCAUCCAUCGUCAUCCCGGGAGAGGUUGUAUACACCCGAUAGACCGGCGCAUAUCAGCACUCCAUCGCCUCUCGGCGACCCGCGAAAUGUGCCCACUGUGCCGGUUACCCCUUCACCUCGCUCGCAUCGUCGCUCGCAUUCCGCCCAAUCUCCGCCGUCGGAGGGUCACUCGUCGUAUCUAGGCGCAGAGUCCCACCGUCGAACUGAGUCCUCUACGCCCAUUAGCAUUCAGAUUGAGCCGCCGUCCGGCCCUGGCUCGAACGUACUGUCGCCUACUUCCCAUUACCCUGGUAUGCUAUCACCGGACACCUCCCGCCAGGAGCUACCUCAGGCGCCUAGUACCCCCACGCCUGUUCGACCACACUCGGCGGCUGCUGGCUAUGGCGGCAAUUCUCUCUAUUCUUAUGGAGCGCCACCACUUCGUUCCCAAUCCCCGUACCGCUACAUCCCUCCCCCUUCCCACACCCCAGUCGCUGGCUCGUCGACUAGGGCCACUCCGGACCCUGGGCGCAGCUACCCAGUUCGCUCUGGGACGGCACAGAGCCCUUCUUUCAGCAGUCUCGGCACGCCGGAAUCACGCUCAGGUUCUAUCAAUUUCGGUGCAAUGGGUGGCUACCCGAAUCGCUCUAGAUCGCCAUCAGGGCGUCCACAGUCAGCACACCCAAGCGAGCGACCUCCGUCUGCGCGCCCCAUCACUCCGAGUCAAGCCGUCCCCAUGGCAGGGUAUCCUGAUGUUAACCCUCCUGUACCGAGGGUAUUGCGGUCACCGUCCCGACCGUCGUCCCGCCAGUCAUUCUCCCAAGAGGGUGGUGCUUCGGCAGCUCGCCCGGCUUCUCGCGCGUCCGCUGGUGAUCAUCAACGGAGUCUGAGCCUCCAUGCGGGUUCGACCCCAGCCAUGUUCGGGCGGCCGCUCUCAGGCUCGCCUCAAAUCCACAGGAUAUCGUCGGUUGGCUCAAUCAACAGCGAGACUUCACGCAAGUCGGGAGGAUUUCAGCACUACGAUCCUACUGGCUAUGUUGACCCGGCAUUCCUUGCUAGCACGGAGGAUCUGAGGAGCAUGGCUAGUCCAAACACCGCGGCAAACACCAUGGCGAACACGCGCGGGAGCACGGUGUACGCUGCUGGUCCGUCUAAACUCCGCAGCUCGUCGCCGUCGAUGUCGUACGCUAGUUUCCGGAGCUAAUGGCGGGCCCGCCUUUGUGGUCCGCAGAUCUUGGACUUGGUGAUCGUGAUCGAUGAGUCCAUGGUAUAUAUGUGAUGCUAACGAUAUAUAGUUGGGUACUGCUGAGCGCUGACCUUGGUCCGGAAUGCUUGUUGUAUGCAUAUUUACUCCGCGGACUUUUUCACGAUAGGUUAGUGUAUCUUACGAUCCGAUACGUCGAUGAUGCUCCAGGGGUGUUCCGCCAUAUCUUUGCUCAUACCGUACGCAUGCUUGUUUGUAAUGAC